CGGGUGCGUCGAGCUCGCCGCGAACCCAAGAUGGCGGUGUGUGGACGUGUACCGAGGAUGUUUCGCUUGUCGGCGGCGUUGCAGCUACUGCUGCUGGCGGCAGCCGGGGCCCAGAAUAGCCACGGUCAGGUCCAGGGUCUGGGGCCCAACAUUGUAUCUUUCCUAGGGCAAGCGGAAGGCGGCAGCCCGGCGGGGCAGCAGCUGCCUCAGUUAUCGCAGCAGCAGAAGCAGCCGCCUCAGCAGCAGCAGCAGCCUCCUUUCCCGGCGGGCGGGCCCCCAGCCCGGCGGGGCGGAGCGGGGCCCGGUGGGACUGGCGGAGGCUGGAAGCUGGCAGAGGAAGAGUCCUGCCGGGAAGACGUGACCCGUGUGUGCCCCAAACACACCUGGAGCAACAACCUGGCUGUGCUCGAGUGCUUGCAGGACGUGAGGGAGCCUGAGAAUGAAAUUUCUUCAGACUGCAAUCAUUUGUUGUGGAAUUACAAGCUGAACCUCACUACUGAUCCCAAAUUUGAAUCCGUGGCUAGAGAGGUUUGCAAGUCAACUAUAUCAGAGAUUAAAGAAUGUGCUGAAGAACCAGUUGGUAAAGGUUACAUGGUUUCCUGCUUAGUGGAUCACCGAGGCAACAUAACUGAAUAUCAGUGUCACCAAUACAUUACCAAAAUGACAGCUAUCAUUUUCAGUGAUUACCGUUUGAUUUGUGGCUUCAUGGAUGACUGCAAAAAUGACAUCAACAUUUUGAAAUGUGGCAGUAUUCGCCUUGGUGAAAAGGAUGCACAUUCACAAGGUGAGGUUGUGUCAUGUUUGGAAAAAGGCCUGGUGAAAGAAGCAGAAGAAAAAGAGCCUAAGAUUCAAGUCUCUGAACUCUGCAAGAAAGCCAUUCUCCGUGUGGCCGAGCUGUCCUCGGAUGACUUUCAUUUAGACCGGCAUUUGUAUUUUGCUUGCCGAGAUGAUCGGGAGCGCUUUUGUGAAAACACACAAGCUGGUGAAGGAAGAGUAUAUAAAUGCCUUUUUAACCAUAAAUUUGAAGAAUCCAUGAGUGAAAAGUGUAGAGAAGCACUAACUACACGCCAAAAGCUUAUUGCUCAGGACUAUAAAGUCAGUUAUUCAUUGGCCAAAUCCUGUAAGAGUGACUUGAAGAAAUACCGGUGCAAUGUGGAAAACCUUCCUCGGUCCCGGGAAGCCAGGCUCUCCUACCUCCUAAUGUGCCUGGAGUCAGCUGUGCACAGAGGGCGACAAGUGAGCAGUGAAUGUCAAGGGGAGAUGUUAGAUUACCGACGUAUGCUGAUGGAAGAUUUCUCUCUGAGCCCUGAGAUCAUCCUGAGCUGCCGAGGGGAGAUUGAACACCACUGUUCUGGAUUACAUCGCAAAGGGCGAACCCUCCACUGUCUGAUGAAAGUAGUUCGGGGUGAAAAAGGGAACCUUGGAAUGAACUGCCAACAGGCGCUUCAGACAUUGAUUCAGGAGACUGACCCUGGUGCAGAUUACCGCAUUGAUCGAGCUUUGAAUGAAGCUUGUGAAUCUGUAAUACAGACAGCCUGCAAACACAUACGAUCCGGAGACCCAAUGAUUCUUUCAUGUCUGAUGGAACAUUUAUAUACAGAGAAAAUGGUGGAAGACUGUGAACACCGACUCUUAGAACUGCAAUAUUUUAUCUCUCGGGAUUGGAAGUUGGACCCUGUUUUGUACCGAAAAUGCCAGGGAGAUGCUUCUCGCCUUUGCCAUACUCAUGGUUGGAAUGAGACCAGUGAACUUAUGCCUCCUGGAGCUGUGUUUUCUUGCUUAUAUAGACAUGCCUACCGUACAGAAGAACAGGGAAGAAGGCUUUCACGAGAAUGCCGAGCUGAAGUACAAAGAAUCCUACACCAGCGUGCCAUGGAUGUGAAGCUGGACCCUGCCCUCCAGGAUAAGUGCCUGAUAGACCUUGGAAAAUGGUGUAGUGAGAAAACAGAGACUGGGCAGGAGCUUGAGUGCCUCCAGGAUCAUCUUGAUGACUUAGCUGUGGAAUGCAGAGACAUAGUGGGCAACCUCACCGAGUUAGAGUCUGAGGAUAUCCAAAUAGAAGCUUUGCUGAUGAGAGCAUGUGAGCCUAUAAUUCAGAACUUUUGCCAUGAUGUGGCAGACAACCAGAUAGAUUCUGGGGACCUGAUGGAGUGUCUGAUACAGAACAAACACCAGAAGGACAUGAAUGAGAAGUGUGCCAUUGGAGUCACUCAUUUCCAGCUGGUACAGAUGAAGGAUUUUCGAUUCUCUUACAAGUUCAAAAUGGCUUGCAAGGAGGAUGUGUUAAAACUUUGCCCCAACAUAAAGAAGAAGGUGGAUGUCGUGAUUUGCCUGAGCACCACUGUGCGAAACGACACUCUACAAGAAGCCAAGGAACACCGGGUGUCACUGAAAUGCCGCAAGCAACUCCGUGUGGAGGAGCUGGAAAUGACGGAGGACAUCCGUUUGGAACCAGAUUUGUAUGAAGCCUGCAAGAGUGACAUCAAGGGCUACUGUUCCACAGUGCAAUAUGGAAAUGCUCAGAUUAUUGAAUGUUUGAAAGAAAACAAGAAGCAGCUUAGUACCCGUUGCCACCAGAAAGUAUUUAAGCUUCAGGAAACAGAGAUGAUGGACCCAGAACUAGACUAUACACUUAUGCGAGUCUGCAAGCAGAUGAUUAAGCGGUUCUGUCCAGAAGCAGAUUCUAAAACCAUGUUACAGUGUUUAAAGCAAAAUAAAAACAGUGAAUUGAUGGAUCCCAAAUGCAAACAGAUGAUAACCAAGCGCCAAAUCACCCAGAACACAGAUUAUCGCUUAAACCCUGUACUAAGGAAAGCCUGUAAAGCUGACAUUCCUAAAUUCUGUCAUGGUAUCCUGACCAAGGCAAAGGAUGAUUCAGAGCUAGAAGGCCAAGUCAUCUCGUGCCUCAAGCUGAGAUACGCUGACCAGCGCCUGUCCUCAGACUGUGAGGACCAGAUCCGCAUCAUCAUCCAGGAGUCUGCUCUGGAUUACCGCCUGGACCCUCAGCUCCAGCUGCACUGCUCAGAUGAGAUUGCUAACCUAUGUGCCGAAGAAGCCGCAGCCCAGGAGCAAACAGGCCAGGUGGAAGAAUGCCUCAAGGUUAACCUGCUCAAGAUCAAAACAGAGCUGUGCAAGAAGGAAGUGUUAAACAUGUUGAAGGAGAGCAAAGCAGAUAUCUUUGUGGACCCAGUUCUUCACACAGCAUGCGCCUUGGACAUUAAACACCACUGUGCAGCCAUCACCCCUGGCCGAGGGCGUCAGAUGUCCUGCCUGAUGGAGGCCUUGGAAGAUAAGCGGGUGAGGUUGCAGCCGGAGUGCAAAAAGCGCCUCAAUGACCGAAUUGAAAUGUGGAGUUAUGCAGCCAAGGUGGCUCCAGCAGAUGGCUUCUCUGAUCUUGCCAUGCAAGUGAUGACAUCCCCCUCAAAGAACUACAUCCUAUCUGUGAUCAGUGGGAGCAUCUGCAUCUUGUUUCUAAUUGGCCUGAUGUGUGGACGGAUCACUAAGCGUGUGACACGAGAGCUCAAGGACAGGUAGAGCUGCCUGACCACCAAAGGGACUACCUGCCCAGGCCCUGUUUGUACAGCCUUCCUGUAUAGUGCACCCUCACUUCGUCCCUCUACGAAGUGGCACCGACGCCCACAGUAGAGCAGCAUCAGGUGCCCACUGCAUCUUCCCAUCCAGACUUGGCCUCAUCCACGGUGUCCUCCUCCCAGCUGCCACUGCAGCAUUGACAGCUGGCUGCUUUGUUGGGGAAGGGUUUACCUGCCUGUAGACAGUUCUGUCCUACUGACAGCACUGCCAGCACUUCCAGAGCCGACCCACCUGACCUGCAACUCAGAGUCUCUUAAAACAAAACAAAAAGACAAAAAAACAAAACAAAAACUUAAAGGAAAAAGUGUAUAUAGUAGCCCAUCUCCUUCAGUCUUGACUCCAGCAGUAGGGUUGUUUCUUUCAUUUAAAUGCAGCAGGUGACAGCAGGACUUGGAGGAGAUGUGCAUAUCCGGUGCCUGAUCAUUGAAAUGUCCGGUUCUUCUCCUAGAAGCAACUUUGGGCCACAUCAAGGCAGGGGACUUCACCAAGUAGUGGGGACAAUAAGCAGCCUGCCCUGGGUCCUAUUUGCUUCUGCUACAGCGUGAUGCCUUCCAUCUCCUACCCCAGAUGAGCCACUGCUGCCCACAGCCCCCAUAGCAACAGGUUUGCCUGUGAUCUCCCCACGUGAGUGCAGAGGCAAGAGCCUCGCAGGGUCAGUGGCAAGUGCACCAGGGAGGGAGCGGAAGUCUGAGGCAGGACUGUCUGCUGAUCUGCACUGAGGCGAGCCUGGGGUUGCCCUGGAAGUUCUCUACCUCAACAGGAAAUAGUUACUAGGUUGGGGUGUGGAGCUUCUAAGAUGAGGAUGAGGGUGGCAGUGCAUGGAAGAGCAGGUGUUGGUCUCGCUUCACUUUAUUUUUUGAGUUACAGUACAGGCCAGAAAUGGUGGCUUCUAAAGAUUUAGCAUGGUCUUGGAUGUGUGGCUGGCAGUGAAGCCUGACUUUCUGUACACACCAGGCAGACUUCCCAGAUAAGCUCUUUUGUGCCUCAUAUGAAGGGAUGUGGAAAGUGAUUGCAUUAAAAGGUGGAGGAUUUUCUCCGGUUUUGUGUUUUUUUUUUUUUCUUUUUUUUUUUUUUUCUUUCUUUCUGUUUAUUUGGUAUGUGUACCCACUCUCAUAGGCACUGGCUAAAUGUUAAUAUUUUGGCAGUUUGUCAACUUUCCAUAAUCUGAGCUUUCCUGGAGCAAGGUUCUCAGCUAUCUUCCCUCACUCCUCCAGUGUGAAAAUGACAGGGUUUGGGCAGAAGAGGGGGGGGACCUAGGCAUUGCGGUUCACCUUUGGCGAGUUUGGGCCAUGUCGUCACAGUGGCUGUACAGAAGGGUGGCAUGUACAGUAGGAGAUAUAUUUAUAUAAUAUAUAUUUUAUUAACCUGUUAGAUGUCCACAAAGUAUUAUAAAUCAUGUGCCUAAAACUGUCCACAUAGACCCAGACCCCUUUGCAGUACCCUCUGCUCCUGCCUCCCCUUUGCUCCUACAACAAGUGCUGCCCGCAGCUGAAUGACGCAAGUCUUCCUGAGAUGUGCGCAGUGAUGCAGGCUGUGUCUGGUACAGAUCAGUUGCUCCAAAUUCCUCAUCUGGCCUGGCUGACAUUCAUUUGAAUACUGUGGUUUUCUUUUGUGCUGCCUUUUCUGAUGGCAGUGAGUUCCAGGGCCAGCUGACUGUCCCUGUGUAGGGUCAUAGAUGUCGCCAAGGGGAGCUGCUUGCUAAGCUGCCUGGUUCCCUCAGUACUGCUUUUAAGAGUCUUCCUGAUUCUCAGCAGCUAUCUUGGGAUUCUUGAGUUUCAUGAGACUUAAAUACCCUGCUCUGUAAGCAGCACCUUCACUGCUAACUGGCUAACCCAGUCUUUAAAGCCCCUCCCUCCCCAGGAGUCUGUGUCACACUGGGGCUGAUACCCAGAACUGCAGACACUGUUGAAGGUAGCCCCACCCCCACACACACAUCUUGGUGAUUCAGGGUCAGGUUGAUGUUCACCUUUAGACUAGGGUAGGAUCAUGGCUCUGAUCCCUGUAGCCCCCACUUCUGAAGUGUGCUUCUAAUGUCUUGAUGUUUCUGUUUCUGUAGCGAUGGAAGUCAUGAUUGCCUGCAGAUUUGGAGGUUUGAUGAGUUAGGUUGUUAAAAUAUUUGUCAUUAGAAAUGGUCAGAAUAGAAAAGGUAGCUCCUGGUGUCUUGAAUUACCUAGUAUAAGGAAGUGUUCAUCUUCCUUGAAGUAGUUCUUAUGACUGGCUUAAACCUGAUCUUGAGCAGGUUUUUCUAGUCUAUGUCUAGGGGGUCCAGUGCUGUACAUUCUGUAGCUCAUUGGGCAUAGUGCAGUGGGCCCUAGGGCACUCAAGCCCCUGGCCUCCUAAGUCAAUCAUGGGUAUAAAUUAGAUAGUCAUGAACUCCCUACGGUGGGAGCCAAAGUCUGAGCCUUGCCUUUCCCUGUUCUACUUCCAUUACCUAAGAAUAGAAGUAGUCAGGAGGUCUGGGCCAAGGCUUGAGCAGAGCAGCCAAGUCACUAUGAUCUGCCUUGCCAGCUCAUGCCAAUGUCUUGGGGACUGUUAUUGAUACACCACCUUUUGCUGCUUCAAAAAAAGCAGAGGCCUGGGCUGGGGUCUCUGGACCAGGAGUUCAGAGAUCUGGAUAGUGAGUUAGGAACCACACUAACCUUCUCUGAUGGGGCUUUCCCAGUGAAGGAACACUCCAGAAGCAAGACAUUUAUUUUACCAGGCUGCAUGCCUGGUCCCAGGAAACAUCUGGCUACCAUUUCCAGUCCUGGUUCUGUGGAUCAAGUCAGCUUGCUGAACCAGUGAAUCCUUAGUAGGUAGGGACACUUCAGGGCCACUGAUGAAGUGGCAUUUAGUGAUCAGGCAGUAACAGGGCCUGUUGCAGGUACCAUGCAUUGCUGCCAUCUUCUGCUCUUAAUAGGAGCAUCCAGGCCAGCAUGGGGCCAGAAAUGUGCGAGGAAGAGUCCAUGUCCCAGAUGAGUUGGUAGAAAGUUAUUACCCAAAUGUAUGUCUUCCUGUUUCCUAAACUCAACUGAUAGACGAUACCCUGUUUACCAGACACACUAGGUCAGGGUCCAUGGUUAGUGCUCUCGGCCUUCCUGAGAGCAUCCUCCUGUAUAUCAGUGUGACUUCUGGACUCCCCAUGCGUCUGGUCUCAAGUUCUCCUGAAAAGAUACCUCCCUUCCCAUUCUUUCCCCUGUCCCAAAACGAAAACAAACUGUCUCCACUUACACGAGGCUCAGUAUCACAGAAGUCAGCCAGGUGGUGGCUUUUUUUAAUUACAUUCCUCUUGGAAGUUUGUGUUCCAGCUUGUUGAGAAUUUGAAAACACGAAGCUCAGAUGCCCUCUGGGCUUCUCUGCCCUACUUGAUUUCGGUUCUGGCCUCCCCUUCCCUCCAUGUAGCUUUGAUUUGCCAUCUGUCCAGCCACUUUUCCUUGACCUCUUCACUAGGGAGGCCAACUUCACCUGUUAAGGUAAUCAAGUUUAAAGUCAAAAUUGCCUUCUUGCUACCCAGUUCUCAGACAACUGAGAGUUAUAAACAAACCAAGAUUAAACCUCAAGAGUGACAUAUUCCCCUGAGCAGACAGUGAGACUGCUGUGGGGGGACUCAGGGGCUGCUUGUCCCCUAAAAUACCAAGAUAAAGUUGUCUGCACAGGCAGAUAGUGAAGGGGUCCUGACAGGUUCUUCUCUACAUCUCCACCCCCUACCUGGACACUGAGCAUCGGGCAAGGGAGAGCUUCCUAGGUGAGGAGACCCAGACCAUACCUGUAGGUCAUGUUUGGUCUUUUCCCACCCAAAACUGACGUGAGAACCUCAGAGCUUGGAGUCUUUAUCUGGAAUAGGUCCCAUCCCCGUCACUCGGCAGCAGGCAGGGCAGUCCCUGCAGGAAGACAGCGGACACAGUGAGCGCUGUGCCAGAUCUCGGGCCUCUAACCUGGUUUUACUUUUCAUUUUCGUGUUUUGGGUUUUUUUCUUUUUUCUUUUUAUAAUGGAAAGUACAAUUAACAAGCCUCUUUUUUGUAAAUGGAUUUCCUUUCUGUGUAUAAAACCCUGCAGUUCCUUGUUUUUACAUGUUCAUGCUGUGUCAUUUCAAGAUGUUACUGAGAUUCUGAACAUAAUGUGCAUUUUUCUUCUGUACAGAUGAAAUGGGAGAAUUUAAUAAAGAGUUUGCAGGUUUGUA